AUGGAAGACGGGGAGUAUUCAAUCAAACCAGCUAGUGGACAAGUAUACUGGACCAAGUGGUAUAAUAGAGACAGCCCCGGUGGAACAGGUGACUGGGAGAUUCUGAAUCAUCUGAGGAAAGAAAACCCAGGAGAAAUCUGUGAAAAUCCACAGAACAUUGAGGUUGUUGCCACUGGCACACUGACCUCAGCCCUCAGCACAGGGGAGAUCUUCUCUCUCUACAGUCCAACUGAGGGAUUUGUUUGCCGCAAUAAGGACCAGAAGGGUGGCGGCCCCUGCAGGGACUACACAGUUCGCUUCGCAUGCCCCAUAUACUGGACCAAGUGGUAUAAUAGAGACAGCCCCGGUGGAACAGGUGACUGGGAGAUUCUGAAUCAUCUGAGGAAAGAAAACCCAGGAGAAAUCUGUGAAAAUCCACAGAACAUUGAGGUUGUUGCCACUGGCACACUGACCCCAGCCCUUAACACAGGGGAGAUCUUCUUUCUCUACAGUCCAACUGAGGGAUUUGUUUGCCGCAAUAAGGACCAGAAGUGUGGCGGCUCCUGCAGGGACUACACAGUUCGGUUUGCAUGCCCCAGUGAGGAUGCGGCGGCUCAGGUUGAAGCUGAAGCUGCACAGGUGGAAGAUAUGGAGUAUGACAGCGAAUCGGACAAAGUGUCGAUCGCUGAUUCCCAAACAUCUAGAGGUGACUUGUACACUCUGGAGGAAAAGUCUAAAAUGCCUCUGAGCAUUGAUCUGUCUGACCUUCAGGUGAAUUUGCAGAUUCAGUUGAACCAGCAGAUGAAAAAGAUUGCUGGACAGACUGGUUUGACAGAGAUGAUCCUUAUGGAUCUGGAGAGUGGGACACUCUCGGAACUUCGCAAUGAGCACCCAGGAGAGAUCUGCCCCAAGCCUUCAGACAUAGAAUAUGAAACUCUGUCUGGUCUCACUGCAGAUGAAGCAGGAGAUGUUUGA